CAGCCAACCUGAAGGAGCUGAUCUCCCAGACCAUAACCAGCUGGGCUCAGGAGUCUCACAUCCAGGACCCAGAGCUGGUUAGAGUGAUGUUCAGCCUGCUAAGGAGGCAGUAUGACGGCAUCGGCGAGCUGCUCCGGGCUAUGAAGAAAUCCUACACCAUCAGUGCCGCGUCUGUGCAGGAUGCUGUUAACCUGUUGGUAUCUCUUGGUCAGAUAAGGUCUCUCCUGUCAGUACGCAUGGGCAAGGAGGAGGAGAAACUCAUGAUUGAUGGCCUCGGUGACAUCAUGAACAACAAGGUUUUCUACCAACAUCCCAACCUAAUGAGAGUGCUGGGCAUGCAUGAGACUGUCAUGCAGGUCAUGGUCAACGUACUGGGAGGAGACAAGUCACAGGAGAUUGCCUUCCCCAAGAUGGUGGCCAGCUGUUGUCGUUUCUUGUGCUACUUCUGUCGCAUUAGCCGCCAGAACCAGAAAGCCAUGUUUGACCACCUGAGCUACCUGCUGGAGAACAGCAGUGUCGGGCUGGCCUCUGAAGCUAUGCGGGGCUCCACCCCAUUGGAUGUUGCAGCAUCUUCAGUGAUGGACAACAACGGCCUGGCUCUGGCCCUGGAGGAACCUGAUCUGGAGAAGGUGGUGACAUACCUGGCAGGCUGCGGUCUUCAGAGUUGUGCCAUGCUAGUUGCAAAAGGUUACCCAGACCUUGGCUGGAACCCUAUAGAAGGAGAGCGUUACCUGUCCUUCUUGAGAUUCGCCGUCUUCUGCAAUGGUGAGAGUGUGGAGGAAAAUGCCAACGUGGUGGUGAAGCUGCUGAUCAGACGUCCAGAGUGUUUCGGCCCCGCCCUGAGGGGAGAGGGAGGUCAAGGUCUGCUGGCCGCCAUGAAGGAGGCCAUCAAGAUCUCUGAGGAUCCUGCCCUGGACCUGCCUGCUGGACUUCCUGCUGGGUCUGGUGAUGAAGAAGGAGAAAUUAUUCACAUGGGUAACGCCAUCAUGUCCUUCUACUCAGCUCUCAUUGACCUGCUGGGACGCUGUGCUCCAGAGAUGCAUCUCAUCAAUGCAGGCAAAGGUGAGGCGCUACGUAUCCGGGCCAUCUUGCGAUCGUUGGUUCCCACUACAGACCUGGUGGGCAUCAUCAGCAUCCCCCUUAAAAUGCCUGUGGUUAAUAAAGAUGGCACAGUGACAGAGCCCGACAUGUCAGCCUGUUUCUGUCCGGACCACAAGGCCCCCAUGGUGCUCUUCCUGGAUCGAGUCUACGGCAUCGAGGACCAGAGCUUCCUUCUCCAGAUGUUGGAGGUCGGCUUCCUGCCUGACCUCCAAGCCUCUGCAUCUCUGGACACAGAGGUUUUGAGCACCACUGAGACUGCACUGGCCAUGAACAGGUACAUCGGCUCGGCCCUGCUGCCUCUGCUGACCCGCUGUGCAGCUCUGUUUGCCAGCACAGAGCACUACGCACACCUGAUUGACUCCACGCUGCACACUAUCUACCGGCUGUCUAAAGGCCGCUCACUCACAAAAGCCCAAAGGGACGCCAUCGAGGAGUGUCUGCUGGCUAUCUGCAAGCAUCUGCGUCCCUCUAUGAUGCAGCAGCUGCUCAGACGGCUGGUGUUCGACGUUCCCAUGCUCUCGGAAUACUGCAUAAUUCCUCUCCGGCUUCUGACCAACCACUAUGAGCAGAACUGGAAGUACUACUGCAUGCCUUCUGGUAUGGGCAGCUUUGGAAUGGCCUCCGAGGAAGAGCUCCUCCUAACAAAGAAACUCUUCUGGGGAAUCUUCGACUCCCUUUCUCACAAGAAGUAUGAUGCCGAACUUUUCAAAAUGGCAAUGUCAUGCUUGUGUGCCAUUGCUGGAGCCUUGCCUCCAGACUUUGUGGAUGCCAGUCCUGGAGCAACACUGGAGAAACAGGCACCAAUGGACGCACAGGGCAACUUUGAUCCCAAACCCAUCAACACUACCAAUAUCUCCCUUCCUGAAAAACUUGAGUACAUCGCCAACAAAUAUGCAGAGCAUUCCCAUGACAAGUGGUCCUCAGAGAAGGUGUCAGCAGGCUGGAAACAUGGAGACAGUGUGGAUGAGCAGGCCAAAUCCCAUCCACUGCUGAAGCCUUACAAAGCGCUGAGUGAGAAGGAGAGAGAAACAUACCGCUGGCCAGUGAGGGAGUCAUUGAAGAGCAUGCUGGCUAUGGGCUGGAACAUUGAGAGGACCAAGGAGGGAGAAGCCAUGUUCCAACAACGAGAGAGCGAAAAACAACGAAAGACCUCUGAGUCUCAGGUUAAUGGAUUCAGUCCUCCAAUGGACUUGCACAAUGUCACCUUGUCUAGAGAGUUACAGGGCAUGGUGGAGGUGGUUGCAGAAAAUUACCACAACAUCUGGGCCAAGAAGAAGAAAACCGAACUCGUUAGUAAAGGAGGAGGGACCCAUGCGCUGCUGGUUCCCUAUGACACCCUGACAGCUAAAGAGAAGUACAGAGACAAGGAAAAGGCCCAGGAUCUCAUCAAGUUUCUGCAGAUUAGUGGCUAUGCCAUCACAAGAGGCCUGAAGGACAUGGAGCAAGACUCAUCAUCCAUGGAGAAGCGUUUUUGCUUCAAAUUCCUCAAAAGGCUGUUGAAAUAUGUUGACUCCGCCCAGGAGUUCAUCGCUCAUCUUGAGGCUAUGGCCACCAGUGGGAAGACAGACAAAUCACCCCAUGACCAGGAAAUCAAGUUCUUUGCAAAGGUGUUGCUUCCUAUGACAGAUCAAACUUUAAAGAACCACUGUCUCUACUUCCUGUCCACCCCCAGCAAGAACAUGAGCAGCUGUGGCUGUGCCUCCAACAAAGAGAAGGAGAUGGUCACCAGCUUGUUCUGUAAGCUGGCAGCUCUUGUCAGACACAGGAUUUCUCUCUUUGGAAGUGACUCUGCGAUUAUGGUGAGCUGUUUGCACAUCCUCACUCACUCACUUGACACCAGAACGGUGAUGAAGUCUGGCUCAGAGCUGGUCAAAGCCGGCUUUCGGGCUUUCUUUGAGAACGCAGCGGAGGACCUAGAGAAGCUGCUGGAGAUGCUUAAACUGGGGAAGUUCAUGCAGUCCCGUGCCCAGAUGAAGAGUGUCACCCAGAGCAUCAACUAUGUGACUGUGGCGCUGCUGCCCAUCCUCACUGCCCUGUUUGAGCACAUCAAGACGCAUGAGUUUGGAACGGACCUGCUGUUGGAUGAUGUGCAGCUUUCCUGCUAUCGAAUCUUGACCUGUUUCUACUCUCUGGGAACAGGAAAGAAUGUCUUUGUGGAGAGGCAUCUUCCAGCUUUGGGGGAGAGCCUGGCGACCUUAGUGGGAGCCAUGCCUGUGGCAUUCCUGGAGCCUGACCUAAACGCUCACAACCCGCUCUCUGUCUUCAACACCAAGACGCCCCGAGAGAGAGCUAUCCUCAGUAUGCCUGACACCGUGGAGGAGAUGUGUCCAGAGAUGCCUCGUCUUGACAGACUGCUGAAAGAUGUCAAUGAUGUAUCAGAGUCUGGCGCUCGCUACAGUGACGUGCCUCAGGUCAUUGAGGUGAUCCUUCCCAUGCUGUGUAACUAUCUGUCGUACUGGUGGGAGAAAGGUCCAGAGAACUGGCCUCCGGGUACCCAGUGUUGCACUAUGGUGACCUCAGAACACCUCAGCAGCAUCCUGGGAAACAUCCUCAAGAUCCUCAACAACAACCUGGGCAUCGAUGACGCCCCCUGGAUGAAGAGGAUUGCAGUCUAUUCUCAGCCAAUCAUCUGCAAGGCUGGAGCUGAUCUGCUGAGAACCCACUUCCUGCCCACACUGGACAAACUGAAGAAGAAGACAGUGAAGGUGAGAGCUUAA